GACACGCGUCUCGCCGUGAAGGUUGUGUACUAAUUCCCAUUUCCCACAGCAGCACACUUGAGACUUUUCACCCAACGUGGCAGGACGAGAGCUGAUGACAGGCGUGCGAGGAGUGCGCCUGCAUUGCCCGCGGGAUCUCAUGCGUGGAUGAAGAAGAGCGCAGCCGUGUGCAGAUCCGCCGCCCGGGCCCCUGACAGCAGGCUACCCUGGGACUGUGCAGACUCCAAGCUGACAUCUUGUGGUUGACACUGGGGACUGUCCACACUGACAACACAACACAACACAAGGCCUCUUGGAGAGGAGUGCUCCUAAAACCACAGUUCAUCCCAAGCACAAUCGCUGAAAUCACAAAACAUAACUACACACGAUUGUUACAGGCACUUUCAGUAGACUGACCAUUGGUGACAGUGGCAAGGGAAACGGCGUUUGAAAGUAACAAAAAGGAGCAGAGCCCAACUCAGACGGAGGACCAUCACAGGGUCAACUUGCACUCUUAAAAAGCAAAAUUCAGGCCCUUUGCCUCUCAUUUUCUCCCAAAGACACUACUGAGGUCAACAUGCUGUAGCCUAACAUAUACCGCAAUGCAAAGGUGAGGGUGUGGCAGAGGAAACCUGAUUUCCAUGUCCUCAGAAUUGAUCUUGUGUCUCAGUACCUUGGCUGAUUUGCCUACAACACUGCACAGAAACAUCCUGGUAGAUCAUGCAGGUAUCUCUGCGUCCACUGCUGAAAACAUCACUGGUUCAUUUCACUGGGGAAUCCUCGAGAGCUCACAUCUGCCAUCGAUAUCCACACCUGUGUCCCCUCCCUGCAUGCAGGAUGCCGGGGCAGAAUGCCGUGCUGUUGCUUUGCUGUUUGUGUUCACUGGGCAGAGCUAACUGGCUACAGAACAUCAGCACAGAUCUCUUCAGAUCUCAAGGAGACAUACUGCUCGGAGGACUCUUUCCUAUCAACGAGCUCACCAGCAAUCUGAGCCAACGGGAGGAGCCUGAUGACAUACAGUGUAACAGGAUCAACAGCCUUGGCCUAGCUCUGUCCCUGGUGAUGAAGUUCUCGGUGGACACCAUAAACGCCGACUCCAGCGUCCUCCCGGGGGUGAGCCUGGGCUUCGAGACCUACGACACGUGCCAGCAGCCGGCCGUGAUCAUGAAGCCGACCCUGCUCUUCCUCAGCGAGGGCUCCACGGAGGAGGUGGCCGUCCAGUGCAACUACACCGACUACGCCACGCGGGCCGUGGCCGUCAUCGGCCCACUGACCUCGGAAAUGUCAUCGGUUGUCGGCAAGUUGCUCGGGUUCUUCCUCAUGCCACAGAUCAGCUACGGCUCCACGAGCGACAAGUUCAGCGACAAGCAGCUGUACCCCUCCUUCAUGCGCACCGUGCCCACGGACAAGUGGCAGGUGGCGGCCAUGGUGGAGCUGCUGAAGAGGUUUCAGUGGAACUGGGUGGCGGUGGUGGCCAGCGAGGACGAGUACGGACGGCAGGGCCAGCGGCAGUUCUCCGCCCUGGCGUCGAAGGAGGGCAUCUGCGUGGCCUACGAGGGGCUCAUUCCCAUCUACAGCGACCCCGUCCACACCAUCAGGGACAUCCUGCAGAGCGUGACGGAGACCAAGGUCGGGGUGGUGGUGCUCUUCUCUCUUGCUCAGCCCGCUGCCAUGUUCUUUCAAGAGGUGAUCCUCCAGAACAUGACGUCAGUGUGGGUGGGCAGCACUGCCUGGGCACUGCACAACGACGUCGCCACGCUGCCCGGCAUCAACACGGUGGGCACCAUCCUGGCCUUCGCCGACAUGAGCCACCCGCUGGGCCAGCUGAAGCCCUACUUCCAGGCUCUCUUCUCCCAGAUCCAACGCCAGCCCUCCCCGAAUGGCAGCUUGGACAUCCCCUCCAUGGACAACCCGUGCCCUGCCUGCUGGCACCUGUCCCCGGACAACAUGAGCCUGAUAGAGGACUCGCUGCUGCAGAGGAACGCCUUCAGCGUCUACGCGGCCGUCUACAGCGUCGCUCACGCUCUGCACAGCCUGCUGGGCUGCAACGCCACCACGUGUCCACAGCAGUCCCGCUACGACAUCUACCCAUGGCAGUUGCUGGAGGUGUUGAAGAAUGUGUCCUUCGACAUAAAUGGAACUCACUUUGAGUUUGAUGACGAUGGGAACCCCAGCAUGGGCUAUGACUUGUUGGUGUGGACCUGGGAGACAUCUCAAGUAGAGUUUAGAGAGAUUGGAAGUUUCAUUAGGAACCUGUCCAUCAACAGCACACUCAUUGACUGGCACACAAACUCCGAUGAGGUCCCUGAGUCUACCUGCUCUGCGGAAUGUCAGACUGGAGAGGUCCGACGAGUGAAAGGCUUCCACUCCUGCUGCUAUGACUGCAUCCCAUGCGAAGCGGGAACAUUCCAGAACCUUACCGAUGACAUUCAGUGCACCCAGUGUCCCAAGGGUAAGUGGUCUACCGACCGCAGCGAUUCCUGCGUGUACCCCACCUACACGUACCUCACCUGGGACAGCUACGAGAGCCUGGGCCUGAUCCUGGCGGGGGUCGUGGUGCUGGUGUGUGAGGUCGCUGUCGGGGUGCUCUUCCUGCGCCACCGUGGCACUCCCGUGGUGGACGCCGCCGGAGGGGCACUCUGCGGCCUGUCCCUGCUCUGCCUGAUCGGAUGCUCCGCCAGCCUUGUGCUCUUCCUGGGCACGCCAGGGGAUCUGGUGUGCCGCCUGCAGUUGCCACUCAAUGCCAUUUUCCCGACCGUGACGCUGUCCACCAUUUUAGCCAUCUCUCUACAGAUUUUGUGCGUCACUGAGUUCCCCGAGAAGAUCUCUGCCCACCUGCACACGCUCCGCGGUCCGGGCAGCUGGCUGGUGGUGCUGGCGUGCAGCGGCGUCCAGGCGGGGCUCUGCGGCUGGUUCGUCCAGGAGGCCCCGUCCCUGACGCGCUUCCGCUCCGACCUGGAGGUCAACUUCGUGACGCGCUUCCUCAGCUGCCCCGUGACGCCGCUGAUCAGCUUCGGCAUCGCGCUGGGUUUCCCCGGCGUGCUGGCUCUCGUCUCCUUCAUGUGCACCUUCAUGGCCCUGAAGCCGGCCGGCCAGUACAACAUGGCGCGCGACAUCACCAUCUCCACGCUGGCCUACUGCGUGGUGUGGGUGAUCUUCGUGCCCAUCUACACGGGCCUGGACGCCAAGAACAAGUCCAUCGCUCACGUCUCGGUCACCUUGACCAGCCACAUGGGUCUGGUGGCGGCCUACUUCUUUCCCAAGUGCCACCUGCUGCUGAAAAGGCCCGAGCUGAACACGGCAGAUCACUUCCGGGCCUAUCUGGAGGGGGCCAUCACACCCCCCCAGGAGCAACCGGCUCAAUGAUCCAGGAGACGACAAAUGCUGACAUAUCAUACUGAACUGUCCUUGAAGAGAAUUCAUAAAACUUCACGUUUAGUUGAUAAGAAUGAACGGUUGUCAAUUUAAAGGCAUAAACUUUUUAUAUCUCACUUUCGGCUAUGGGACACUGACUGAAUCUUCGCCCUGCUAUCUUAAUUCAAUGAUCAAGAUCCAACCACACACUGUGGUCUUCUAAUGAACGUCUGUUAAUAAAUGCUAGGUCAAUGAGUUGCCCAGUGCUCUCCAUUCCUGUAAUAGUUUUGGGUCUUUAAAGAGGGGUUUAAAGAAACAUGCACGGUUGGCAUGGUUUUAUUUCAGUUAGCCUAACAGCUGGUUUGAUUUGCAUUGAGAGAUGAUCUUAUGGAAAGUGCACCAUGCCAAUCUCUAGGUAUGGUGAAGGGUGUGUGAUGAUGUGGGGCUAUUUUAAUUCCAAAGGCCAGGGGAACUUGAUCAGGAGGCAUAGGAUCCUGGAUCCAUGAACUAAUGUCUCUAUGGGAAUUUAACAUACUGUAGGGGUGUACUCACUUGUGCCCCUUGUAUUUUUAGGGAAAACAUUUAUUUAUUUGCGAUAAAUUACAAAGAAAGCGGUGUCCUUAGGUUAGAUUUUUCCUUAUUUUUCUAUUUAGUUUUUUUUUUUUUAAAUAAUAAAAAUAAUAAAUAAAUAAGGCAUUAAGAUCAAUUUCCAAAAGUUCCAAAAGAUUUUUUAUUCCUCUUUUUAGUCAACUUUUGCAUUGUAUAUUCACUUACGCUGAGCACGGUAGUUUACUAUGGUUUAUAAAUUAUAGUAUUUAGUUCAUUAAGCUAUUGGUUGAAUCGGCAUUAUUGGUUAUUGCUAUUCUCCUUCAUGUACAUGUAGUAUUACCAAUGUUUGAAUUGUUUACUAUUAAAUGUAACUGUUGUGUUGGUGUUAUUUGUGUGCCGCUUUGGAUAAACGCACCUGCUAAAUACCAGAGCCAUGGCCAUAACCAUAGUUAGCUAACUGCUUCUAGCUUGCCAGCAUCGUCAGUCAGAGCGGCUGUGCACAGUAGUGUAUCAAUUA